GUGACACAAUAUUAAACUCCUAAUCAACUCUUACACACCGAGUGAAACCCUUUAUCAAUGGUCACAAGCCCACAACAUAUCUAUCCAUAGAAAAAAACACACAACAAUGAAUCACAAAUUCCCAACACUCGUUUUCCUCAUCUUCACCACCACUUUCGAUACUUCCCAUGCAAAACCAAAACCUCCCCAAAUAUUCCCCAUCUCCUUCCAAUUCCAUCAAACCCUCAAUUCAACUAAAUCAUGGCUACAAUUCAAUUUCAAGCCCUCCUCCCAAUCCCUCCUCGCCGCCACCCUCUCCUUCCUCGCCGCCGCCGUCUCCAGCGCCGGCGGCAUCGGCGGCGGCGGCCUCUUCAUCCCCAUCCUCACCAUCGCCGCCGGGCUAGACCUCAAGACGGCCUCCAGCUUCUCCGCCUUCAUGGUCAGCGGCGGCUCGGUCGCCAACGUGGGCUGCCACCUCCUCUCCCGCCGCCCCCCGCUCAUCGACUACGACAUCGCCCUUCUCUCCGAGCCCUGCAUGCUCCUCGGCGUCAGCGCCGGAGUCAUCCUCAACGUCGUCCUCCCGGAGUGGCUCAUCACAGCCUCCUUCGCCGUCUUCCUCGCCUUCUGCACCUUCAAGACGUGCGAGGCCGGGGUCUUGUUCUGGAGCGUGGAGUCGAGGAGGAGGAUUAACGAGGAUGAGGGCGGGGAUCGGAAAGUGGCGUUGCUGCUGAGAGAGGAGGAGAGCGGUGGGGAAGGGGGAUUAGGGAUUCCGUGGGGGAAAGUUGGGAUGCUCAUUCUCAUCUGGUUUUCCUUCUUUGUGUUGUAUUUGCUUCGAGGAAACAGCAGUGGACAAGGUAUCAUCAAUAUUGAGUCAUGUGGAAAGGGGUAUUGGCUAAUCUCUUCUAUUCAAAUCCCACUUGCUCUUAUCUUCACCACAUGGAUUCUUCAUUUUAGAAAGAAUGCAAAAAUUACUGCAGCAACACAAGAGGAAAAUGGAGUUGGAAGGAGAUGCUCGUCGUCUAGGAAGCUCUUCUUUCCGUUGAUGGCCCUAUUAGCCGGGGUUCUAGGAGGAGUCUUCGGUAUAGGAGGUGGUAUGCUUAUAAGUCCACUUCUUCUCCAAAUAGGAAUUGAGCCUCAAGCGACAGCGGCUACAUGUUCCUUCAUGGUGUUCUUCUCCUCGAUCAUGUCGGCAAUGCAAUACCUGUUGUUAGGCAUGGAGCACGUUGAUGGCGCCAUCGGCUAUGCUGCAAUUUGUUUCAUCGCUUCCCUCGUUGGGCUGACCAUAGCAAGAAGGGCGGUCAUGAAGCACGGGAGGGCGUCUCUGAUAGUGUUCGCGGUAGGCAUGGUGAUGGCCUUGAGUACUGUUUUGAUCACCGGUUUUGGAGCUGUUGAUGUGUGGAAUGAUUACACAAGUGGGGAGAGCAUGGGGUUCAAGAAACCUUGCUAGGUAUUGAUGGCUUGAGAAUCUAACAUGUUAAAGAUAUACUUUGAAAGUUAUGAAUCAUGUUUACCAUGGCACAAAACUUCACAUGUUUUCUCACUCCCUUGCUUGAGGAAAUUUUGAGAUGGAAUCAAGACUUUAUGUCUUGUAAGAUGUUUAAUGAAGAGUGUAUUGAAUACAUGGAGUAAUAAAUGGUGGAUUGGCUUUA